CUGACAUGGUGUCUGUACAAGUGUGUGCGCGCGCGUGUGUGUCUGUGCGCGCCUGUGUGUGUGUGCAUGCUUGUGUGUGUGUGUGUGUACGGUGGUUGUGUGUGUGUGUGUGUGUGUGUGUGUGUGUGAGGGGGUGUUGAUGCUUGUCUCAGUUGUCAGCCAGCUGUAGCAUACUGGUAACGGAUUACUGUGUGUCCCCAUCGACUGCCGUGUUGGCCGUGGUGACGCGUUAGCUCGCCCCCCCUUAAAAUAGAGGACCCGGAGUGACUCUCAAGACACUCAGACAGAGACUCAGAUAGCGAGAGACACACAUUCAUAUUGAGAGACAGGCAGAUAGAGAGACGCUCACACAUACACAGGCAGCCAGUCUACUCAGCAGCCUCUCUGAGCUCAUUCAUAACACUGACUUGACAGAUGCCACAUCACUGUAUAAGUAUAACUGCCUCCAGUGCCGCAGCCUAACCAUUGCACGCCGCCAAAGAAAACAGAAGUAUACAGAGACACACAUACAGACAGACGCACAGUACAGAAAGACAGAGAGGAAGAGGCCAAGACGCACCACCACAGUAUUGCGCUACGCUACGGAACCCUAUCCGGUAACCCACACUUCAGAGGAAGUCAAGACAGACGCACACUACAGAGAGAGGAAAAGACACAUUCAGCACUGUACCACACCACUGCACACGGGUGGGCAGUACCUACACUACAGUAAGCCAGACUUGCAGACAAGAUGAAAAGAAGAGAGACUAACACAGACGGAAAGAUGUCUUUGGGCAUAAUCGAAGCCGAGAUGCCUCGUCAGUUCCCGAAGAUCGCCUUGAGCGAGGUGGACGAGAGCGUGCGGCGCAUGGCGGAGAUGGUGUACGCCUCGGCCCUGAAGGAGGAGGACACCAAGGACGCGCUGUCCAUGUUCACCGUGCCCGAGGACUGUCCCAUCGGCCUCCACCAGGCCAAGGAGCACGAGAUCCUCCGGGAGCUGGCCGAGCAGCACUCGGAACAGAGCAGCAAGAGGAAGAAGUUUAUGCUGCGGCGCUCCCAGUCGGUGUCACAGCAGUUCCCCAACGCCGUGUGUCCUGAUUGGGCGUUCAGUGUCAUCUCACCCCUCCUCUCCCCCACGGACGUGGCCCCUCCCAUCCCACAGACGCCCGUCCCCGAGUUCCAGAGGGUCACCAUCAGCGGCGACUACUGUGCUGGGGUCACAGUGGAGGACUAUGAGCAGGCGGCUAAGAGCCUGUUGAAGGCCUUGUUUAUCCGUGAGAAGUACUCCAAGCUGGCCUACCACCGCUUCCCUCGCACGGCCGCACGCUUCCUCCGCACCGCCAACGAUGAGAAGUGGACAGAGGACGAGGAGGUUCUACCAGACAUCUGCCCCUGUCCUGGUGAGGGGGAGGACCCGUACAGCACGGAGGACAUCUCCCAGGACCUGAACUACGCGCUGCAGAUGAAGGACGGCAUCGUCUACGUGUACGAAGACGCGGACGCCAUGAAGGAGGACCAGCCGCGCAGCCUGCCCUACCCCGACCUGGAGACCUUCGCCAUCGACCUCAGCCAUGUGCUCGCCAUGAUCGCCGACGGGCCCACGAAGACGUACUGCCACCGGCGUCUGAACUUCCUGGCCUCCAAGUUCUACCUUCACGAGAUGCUGAACGAGAUGGCCGAGCUGAAGGAGCUCAAGAGCGUCCCGCACAGAGACUUCUACAACGUCCGAAAGGUGGACACCCACAUCCACGCGGCGGCCUGCAUGAACCAGAAGCACCUGCUGCAGUUCAUCCAGAGCACCUGCAAGACGGAGGCGGAGCGCGUGGUGCUGGAGAAGGGAGGUCAAAAGGUCACGCUCAAGCAGGUCUUCCAGAAGCUGGCCAUGGACCCCUACGACCUCACCGUAGACUCGCUGGACGUCCACGCCGGCAGACAAACGUUCCACAGGUUUGACAAAUUCAACUCCAAGUACAACCCUGUAGGGGCCAGCGAACUCCGAGAGAUCUACCUCAAAACAGAUAACUACAUCGAUGGGGAGUACUUCGCCCGCAUAGUUAAGGAGGUGUCUCAGGGUCUGGAGGAGAGUAAGUACCAGUAUGCGGAGCCGCGUCUCUCCAUCUACGGCCGCUCUCCUGACGAGUGGGAGAACCUGUCCAAGUGGUUCAUCCAGCACAAGGUGCACUCACCCAACAUGCGCUGGAUCAUACAGGUGCCCAGGAUAUACGACAUUUUUAGGGCCAAGAAAAUCGUUCCCCACUUUGCGAAGAUGCUGGAGAACAUUUUCAUGCCCCUGUUCGAGGCCACAGUGAACCCGCAGCAGCACAGAGAGAUGCACGUCUUCCUCAAAUAUGUGACUGGCUUUGACAGCGUGGACGACGAGUCUAAGCACAGCGACCACAUGUUCUCCUACAAGAGCCCCAAGCCCGAGGAGUGGACCACCAACGACAACCCCCCCUACAGCUACUACCUCUUCCACAUGUACGCCAACAUCAUGGUGCUCAACAACCUGCGCAAGGAGCGUGGCAUGAGCACCUUCCAGUUCCGUCCCCACUGUGGCGAGGCCGGCUCCAUCACACACUUGGUGUCCGCAUUCCUCACCGCGGACAACAUCUCACACGGACUCAACCUCAAGAAGAGUCCCGUGCUGCAGUACCUCUACUACCUGGCCCAGGUGCCCAUCGCCAUGUCUCCGCUCAGCAACAACAGCCUGUUCCUGGAGUACUCCAAGAACCCCCUCAGGGAGUUCCUGCACAAGGGCCUGUGCGUCUCGCUCUCCACCGAUGACCCCAUGCAGUUCCACUACACCAAGGAGGCACUGAUGGAGGAGUACGCUAUCGCUGCCCAGCUCUGGAAGCUCAGCACCUGCGACGUGUGUGAGAUCGCCAGGAACAGCGUCGUACAGAGUGGACUCUCACACCAGGAGAAGAAGCACUUCCUGGGGGAGAACUACCUGGAGGACGGCCCCGAAGGAAAUGACAUCAGACGGACCAACGUGGCGCAGAUCCGCAUGGCGUACCGGCACGAGACGCUCUGCAACGAGCUCUGCUUCCUGGUGGAGGCCGUCAAGGCCGAGGAGCUCGGAGCUCAGGCAGGGCCGUCGCACUGAACACCGUAGCCAGGGUGGGGUGGGGUGGGGGUAGUGGGAUGGGGGUGAAGCGGUCAGCACGCCACAGUGGCCAAGGUAGGAGUGAGGAGGAGGUGGAGGUGGUGUGGGGUAGGCUCACUGAACACCCCCCCCCCAGUAGCCAUGGUAAGGGCGUGGUGGGAGGGUCUGCCGAUUGGUCAGACAGCCCAUUAUUCCGACAGCCCAUAAGUCAGACAGUAAGCCAUCGAGGAGCAUAGCGCUCAGGCUACUGGGCUAACAGACUACAUGCUACAUGCCUUAAAUGACAGUUAGGUGUAGGAGUUGUUUUGGUUUGGGCACAGCACGUGACGUGUGUGGUCGGACUAAUGGGCUGUCGGACGGACCAAUGGGAUGUAACCGUGGUGGGGGGGGGGCACACUGAACUCCCCCCAGUAUCUUGGGUAUGGGUGGUGGAGUGGGUUGAAAGGGGGCACACUGAACAUCCCCGCAGUGGGUAUGGGUAGCAGGGUGGGGUUGCAUGUGCCAUACUGAAGACUCCC